GGGCAAUACUGUCAGAGUCUUUAGCAUUCCAGACAAUAAACCAGCAUCAUCUGUCACCGGUACAGGAAGCUAUGGCUCUUUCGCGGCACCAAAUCCACCAUGGAGCUAGGACCUGGGAAGAUUCGCACUUGAGUUCUGCUCGGGUUUCACAGGUCAGCGCAUGUCCUUUUAGUGAAUUAGGCCGAAAAACCGUCUCUUAUCUUACCCUGGACUCGGACAGAAAUUCAACGCAGCAGCCUCUCGAUGUCCCAGUGUUCAGUAGACUCAUGACAGAGGUGGGCUCCAUGAACAGCACUGGCCACGUAUCGGGCUAUUUCCGUCCAGAACCGUCCUGUUACCCCGGACACAAAACCCCAACAUCGCAUAGCACUGCCGGCGCUCUCCCGGUCAGCCUGCCGCAUUCCCACCAGUUGUACAACAUCAGCUUCUCUGGGCAACCUUAUCCGCACUCUGACAGCAAACCUAUAAGCCAUAACUUGACAUUCGACUGCACAGAAUGUCCAAGCCAAGGGAGGGAAAGCUGCAGAAGUCGGGACGCUACACUCACCACUUUAGACAAAUGUCAAAGCAACGCAGACGCCACAGAGCCGCCUUGUUUACAGCAAGACAAACCUUUUACAGACCUUUCCAAGGACGCCAAACCUCCCCGAGACGAGGCACAAGCUGAAGACGUGACGUUCGAUAACGCUACGAGAGGCUGGUUGUCGGCGAAAGCGGGGAGGAAGAAGCGAUGUCCUUAUAGCAAACACCAAAUCCUGGAACUUGAAAAAGAAUUCCUCUUCAACAUGUACCUGACUCGAGAGCGCCGCCUGGAGAUCAGCCGCAGCGUCAAUCUCACUGACCGUCAAGUUAAAAUCUGGUUUCAAAAUCGCAGGAUGAAACUAAAGAAAAUGACGCGGGAGCACAGGACAAGGGAUGCGGGCACUCAUUUACCCAUGUGAUUUGUUGUGGGUCAUUGUAAAGGCUUACCAACGAGACUGUAGCCAAUAUAGCAAGGACUGAAUAUUCAGCACACUUGUUGGAUUAAGUUAAGGCUGACGGAUUAGACAGCUGAUUUCACAUGAAGACGAGACCAUUUUCUCAGCAUUGCCAAUAGAACGCUUUGUCAUAAAGCUGGCUUCAGUGCUGGCUUUUAAAGUCUUUCAUGACCUUACGUGCACUUUAUUGGUUCCAUUUGAGCCAUUUCCUCUUUCCUCAAAAGAAAAUAUUUUUCUUCUCAUUCCAUCAUCGAAGACUAUUGUUUACAGUUUAUGUGCAGAAAACCACGAGAUUAUUUAUCGGUUUUAUUUAUUGUGGAUAGGGCGAGCAAAUAAAUUGGGAACCAAUAACAAAAAUAGCACAAUAAGUGGCACACAGUAAGUUAAAAAAGAAAAAUAAAGCAUGGCUACAUCAAGCACAGGUAGAUUAGUUUUUGGGAUGCUGAAAUUUGAUUCUAGGUGGAGGUAAAGUUUGUCUGCUUCCAUGACAUGGAUGUUUUUUCUGGUCAACCGCUGCUGGUUGCAUUUGAUUGUUUCUGAUUAUUAGUAAUUUUUGAUGUGGAAAAUCUGGCAUUUUGAAAUAUUAAUAAUAAAUGUAAGUGAUCAUACAAGUAUAAGGCGUAUUCAAAAUUCUCAAUAGACCAUUUCGCAAUAUUUUUUGAUGUGAUUUAGCACGAAUUUUGAUCGGUUGCACUCAAUAGCCUAGUGCACUGCAAAUUUUUUUUUGUGGUGUUUUAACUGAAAAUAAAAAAAAAAGAUACCAGGCCACUUAAAAAUAGAUUUGAUUGAACUUUUAUAAAUUAAAUGAAUGGAUAAAAAAACAGGUUAAUGUUCUGUUGAUUAACACUCAAAAAUUAAAAGGCAGCCAGGUUACUUAGAUUUCUUUUUUUUGACGGUGUAGUCCCGCUGUAGUAGAUCAGAUUGCGGACACUAAAUACGUGUACGACCCAUGUAUGGUCCAUGUAUUGCAUUUGUUUAUGUGGAGAAUCUGAGUUGACUGAGUUUUAUUUUUGACUUUUGACUUUUAUUUUUAUAUUUUUAUAAACCAGAAAAGCAUCUUUUGAAAUUAUUCUAGGAGAUAUUCACUUUAGCAGGUUUAGAAAAAAGUACAUCUAUUACUGACAUAUUAAAUGUCUGACUGAUGUCCACUCUUUUCCUUUUUAACGCACAGCAGUACUGCGUAUCGUUGAGUUUUAACAUGCCUAUCGGAUUCCAGAAAGAAGACAGGCUAGUAGAUCUACAACUGGAAUUCGAAAGAUUAAACUGAGAUUCACAAAAAAAAACUGUAAAUACGUUUCCUAUAUUUGAAUAAUGGCUCAAUGCUGCUGAUAAAAUGGAGAAUGUAAUCUUAGUUACUGAGUGUGCGCGUGCACAGCAGAUGUCUUUGCUCUUUCUGGAAUAGUUGUUGAACUCUGCCUCGUAAUCUUGAAAAUACAACCGUACGAAGUUCAAAAGUCAAGUUGCAAACAACAGGAUGUUCAAGGAUUUAUUAAUUCAGCUUUUAAAGUCCACAUGGCCUUCUAGUCCUGAGCCCUUGUUGGAGAUCAGUGAACUUUCCGCCUUAAAGA